UUUUGUUUGGAAAAAAAAUUUCUGCAGAUUUUGUUUACUUGCUUAAAAUGUAGUUUUCUCGUUAAAUGUUGACUGUUUCUUAAAUGUAACACUAAUAUAAAGCCUAAGUUAAAGUGCUGCGACAUUAACGGGAACGUUUUGGUAAGAAACGCGGCAAUGGAUUUAGACUGCGAGGGCGCUGCACGGUUGGCGGAUGACUCCGGCACGUUUAGCUGCACCAGCGACGAGGGAGGGGGCGAUACCGAGCAGAAGACGGAGCCGGAAAGGGAGCAAUCGAUGUUUCUGGUGCGGCAGGAGCUCCUGCGGUCGCGCAGUGAAGUGGAAAGACUUUUGAAAUCGGAGCAGUGGUACAAGCAGGAGCUUAAGUCCCAGAAGCACAGCAGGCUGGAGACCCUGGAGCGGCUAUACGCCCAGGAGCGCAAGUAUUUGAUGGAGAACCAAAGGCUGCAACAGGAAUCGAUGCGGCUGCACUCAAAGUAUGCCACUCUGGAGAAGCAGCAAGAGCAGGGAUCCCCUAGGUCUCCUGGAACAUUUUCCUUUAAGGCGGACUCGAAAUCUUCCGACUCAUCUUUUGAGGCAAAGCAACAGGAGGCUCGCCUGCGGGAUCAGCGUCAGUUGAUAGACGUGCUCCGAAAGCAGAAGAAGAUGCUUCUGGACGAUAUUCAAAGACUUAGCCUGGAGCACGACGAAAAGCUGUCGCAGUUGCAGCAAUCCUUGGCUGGCAUGGAGCUGGAGAGCAAGCACAUGACGGGAAAAUGCAAGCAACUGCUCGACCUAAAGAGUCAAAUGGAGCACCAGCUCGAGCUGAAAAGCAGUGCCCUGCGCAGCGUCACCGCCGAGCGGGAGCAGCUUCGCCAAGUCAUCGCUGAACUAAACGAGACGUUGCAAACGCAGGAGCAACUGCUAGCGAUCAAAGAACAAGAGUUCCUUGAUCUAAAACAGUACUACCAGCAAAAGUUGACGAGGGAAAGCAGCCUGGAAAUCAUGCACUCCUAUAGCCUGAAAUAUCAUGAAGAAAUCAACAGCAAGACGAGUGAAAUAGCUAGCCUAAAGAAUUCUCUUAACGAACUUCAGUCGGAGUUAAUGAUGAUGUCCCAGUUAAAGGAACAGAGUGAGGAGCAGCAGCGUCAGCUGGAACAGUUGGAGUUCAAGUUGGAGGCUCAACUUUUGGAGGAGGAGCAGCUCCGCCAAAGCAAUGCCCUUAAGCUGGAGCAGGUGGAAAACUUAACAAUUUCUUUGGCUUCCUUGCAAAUAGAAAAGGAAUACCUUAAAGAAAAUUUGAAAGAGACUCAAAAGACUCUAAAAAAAUUAGAACAGGAAGUGCACCUCCUUCACGGACAGUACGCUGAGAUGUGUUUGAAGUGCGAAGAGACUAAGCUGCAAUUGGAAACAGAAAAAAUAGAGGUCGGCAAGCUCAAGCAGCAAAGUUCCGUCAAGGAAAGUGAGUUAAUGGAAAAACUCCAAGAUUAUGCAGAUCAGUGCGAUAGGCUUAGAACAGAGUUGGCCAAUGCGGAGACCAAAAUGGAUGAGCAAAGCAAGAGUGCAGGGAUUUGGCAAGAGCAGCUGAACUCGAUUGAACGAUCAAGACAACAAGAAAUUAAACAGUGUCAAGCGACUCAAGCGGACCUCGCAGAUCCAAUAUUAAUCCAUCGCAUCGAAACUUUGGAACUUCAACUGGCCGAUGUCAAGACCCAGAAAAUACAAACAGUUUCGCUACUCCAAACACUUCUGCAGCAGCAAGACGCCAAAAUAAAGAGUACAAGCGAAAUGGAAGCAGACUGGAUACAACUUGUAGAUGCCCUACAAGCUACUCAACUCUUGGAGCAGGAAAUGAGGGUGGAGCUUCAGCAUAAGACGGUUGAACUGGAGGAAUUAAAUGAACUGUUUGCUGGGCAGAACGCUGAACUUCAGAAGCUCCAGAAAUUGAGUCUGGCCAGGGACGAGAAGAACCGGCUGGAGUUACAGCUCCUAAAAGAAACAUUCCAAGAGAAUUUAGAGAAACACUCUGCUGAUUCGAUAAACUUACAGAAGCUACAAAGCCAGGUUAAGUCCUUGCUUGAAGAGCGGGAGGAAAGUACGCGAGAAGAACGAAAGGCAGUGGAGUGCCUGCGAUCUCUCGGCCAAGUUCUCGAAAUGGAAACGGGAAGGAGGCUGCCACACAUAAAAAGCUGGCCACAGUUUUCUAAAAUAUUGCGAAAGGAACUGCGAAACGGGAGAGUGAACCAUCGAAAGGCUGAAGAAUUGCCUGGGCUUAAACUUAAGCUGGCGGAGUUAAACGGACGGCACAAACAAGCUUUGUCCAAAAUUAAGUAUCUGGAGCAAACAUUGGCAGCGGAGCGAGCGCGUUUUGAAGCCUCGGAUUCGGGAAAAUCGACAGCCAGCUGCACACCCCAGGAACCAGCCCAUGAGGUGGCUAACCUGAUUGAUGAUUACAAAAAACUCGUCCAACAAACCGCCAAUGAGACCUGUCGCCCUCGCAACAGCUUCAUAUUGGAGCUCAUCGAGCGGAGUCAGCGUUGCCAACCCAACUUGUGCCAAUUAAGCGAGGAUGUCACCGCCUGCCAGGCUGAUAUUGAUGAGCUCAGCAGACUGCUCAGAGCUGGUCGGAACCAGAACAGAGGGGAGGUCAUGCCCUCCCUGAUGGAGGAACUUCGAGCGGUGGCAGAGCACUCUUAGACUGUCAUAAAGUAGUUUCGGUCCAACUUUCACAAUUUUCACAGGAAGUACUUAAUAUUCUUAUCACGAAUUUUGUUAGUUUUUAAAAUGUGCAAUUAAUCAGUUAACAUUUUUGUUAAACCUAGUCCCAUUAUCUUAAUAUCCUCUUAGACCCUACUUAGUAAAGUUAUUGAUAUUAUUGUUUA